AUGACACGAAACUCGAGUGUAUCUGAAUCUGAAGCAAAAUCUGUUACAUCACGAGCAUCGGAUUUAUCAAUAUUAAAUGAUGAUGAAUGUAAACGGAUUUUAUCAGUUCUGGAACGUGAUUUUCAACUUCGACAACAAGAAUAUAAACGAUUAGAAGAAUUAAAAAAUGUGAUUCGACAAGAAAAUGAACGUGUAGAAUAUUUAGCGACUUCAAAAGAUUUUAAUCUUGAACGGUGUAUAAGAUGUUUUAAACCAUUUCGAUUUUUAUUUAAUCCAAGAAAAACUUGUUCAGAAUGUAAAUUAUUUGUUUGUCCAGACUGUUCAACAUAUACAUCAGAAACAAAAACAUGGGCAUGUAAAUCAUGUUUAAAAUUAAAAGAACUUGAAGUUUUAACUUCAAAUUGGUUUUAUCUUCAAGCAAGCAAGAAACAUAAACGAUGUGGUAGUUCAAAAGUAGUUCGAGAACUUCAUAAACGUGAAAGAGAACUCAGUAAGUUUAAUUAA